AUGUUUCAAAGAUCAACAUUGUUAACAUCAAGAUUAUUUUCAAGAAAUAUUCAAAAACAAAAUAUUCAAUUAUUUAAAAGAUUCAAAUCAAUUAAAUCGACUCCUACUCCUAUACAACCAAAAGUUAAAUUACAAAGUAAUACUUUGUUAAUAUUGGGUGCUUUAGUAGUUGGAACAACAAUUGCAGCAGCUAUAUAUAAUAAAAAUGAACCUAAAUCAGCAAUUGAACCAGAAUUACCACAAAUACAAGAUGGACCUGAUUUUCCACCAGGUAAAAUAUCAGUAGUAUUUGUAUUAGGAGGACCAGGUUCAGGUAAAGGAACACAAUGUGAUAUUUUAGUUCGAGAAAAGGGUUUCACUCAUUUAUCAGCAGGAGAUUUAUUAAGAGCUGAACAAAAAAGACCAAAUUCAAAAUAUGGUGAAUUAAUUGCAAAAUGUAUAAAAGAAGGUUCAAUUGUACCACAAGAAGUUACUGUUGAAUUAUUAAAAAAUGCUAUAAAAUCAAAUUAUAAUAAAGGUCAAGUUAAAUUUUUAAUUGAUGGAUUUCCUAGAAAAAUGGAUCAAGCAUUAACUUUUGAAAAUAGAAUUGCAAAAUCUGCAUUAACUAUAUUUUUUGAAUGUCCUGAAAAAAUUAUGUUAGAAAGAUUAUUGAAUAGAGGUAAAACUAGUGGUAGAGCUGAUGAUAAUAUUGAAAGUAUUAAAAAAAGAUUUAAAACUUUUAUUGAUACUUCUAUGCCUGUUGUUGAUUAUUUUGAAAAACAAGGUAAAGUUGUUAAAGUUAGAUGUGAUCAUCCAAUUCCUGUUGUUGCAUCUCAAGUUUUGGAUGCUUUAACUCAGAGAGGGGUUUAA